AUGCUGACAGUGGUUGUUGGUGAGGAUGGACUCGAGGUCCAGAGUAGACUAGAUAGAUGGCAAGAAAAACUGGAGAGUGUUGGCUUGAAAAUCAGAAGAACUAAAACUGAAUACCUAUUCUGCGAUUUCGGCGGUCUCUCCAGUUUCAAGCCUAUCUGCCUAACCGGUGUAAUGCUUCCAGUCUGCUCUGAUUUUCGGUACCUCGCUUCAGUUAUUCAGAACAAUGCCGACGUAGACCGCGAUGUAAGGCACAGAAUUAGUGCGGGAUGGAUGGAAAUGGCGACAGAUCUCGGGAACUAUAUGCGACCCCCGAAUGCCCUUGAAACUAAAGGGUAA